AUGACGCCCGAUGUCGCAGCCCCCCGCAACGAGCUCGGCGUGCAGAUGCUCUCGCGCGAGCUGCACUCCCAGAUCUUCAAAAACGCAUCCUUCCCCGCGCCCGACCCCGCCUACGUCCGCAUCGCGCGCGAGCACCUCGAGACGCACGGCCUCGACCCCGCCCAGGGCUCCGUCCUCCCCGGCACCGCCUUCCCCCUCCCCCCGCUCCUCGGCGCGAACCUCGACCAGCACUUCCACGCCGUCGGCCGCCGCGCCGGCCAGCCCUACCUCGCCCUCGCCCGCGCGCUCGCCGCCGCGCACCUCCCGCCCCCGCCCGACGCGUGGGAUCUGCAGCCCGGCUGGACCAAGUAUUGCCAUCGCCCCGACGGCUCGUCGUACUGCGAGCCCGUGCCCGCGCCCGCGCACGAGGGGCGCCCCGAGGAGAUGCUCGUGUUCGACGUGGAGACGAUGCCGCGCUACGGUCCCCACCCCGUGCUCGCGUGCGCGGCGAGCACGAACGCGUGGUACGCGUGGAUCUCCCCGUGGCUCCUCGGGCGGUCCAGCGACCCCGCGCACCUCAUCCCGCUCGGCGACCCCGCCGUGCCGAGGGUGGUGGUCGGCCACAACGUCGCCUACGACCGCGCGCGCGUGCGCGAGGAGUACGCGCUGGGGGGCACGGGGAACCGGUGGCUCGACACGAUGGCGCUGCACGUCGCCGUGACGGGCAUCUCGAGCCACCAGCGCCCCGCGUGGAUGAAGUACCGCAAGUCGCAGGCGGAGGCGCGCCGCCUGCGCGACGAGGCGUACGAGGCCGUCGUCGAUCUCGUGAAGCACGGCAACGGCGGCCUCGAGCAUCUGCUCAUGGACGAGGAGGGCGAGGGCGACGCGGAGCUCGAGAUGAGCGGGAAGCGCUGGGAGGACCUCACCUCGGCGAACGCGCUCGCGGACGUGGCAAAGCUCCAUUGCGGGAUCGAGAUGGACAAGGAGGUCCGCAACGACUUUAUGACGCGCACGCCGGAGGAGAUAUUGGAGAACGUCCACGACUACCUCACGUAUUGCGCCAACGACGUCGCUGUCACGCACGCGGUCUUCUCAAAGGUCCUACCCGAGUUCCUCGCGCGCUGUCCCCACCCCGUCUCGUUCGCGGGCAUCCUGACCAUGGGCUCCAGCUUCCUCACCGUCAACGAGUCCUGGGAAGAGUACAUCGAGAACGCGGAGCGCAAGUACAAGGAGCUCGAGGACAAGGUCAAGAGCCGGCUCGUGCAGCUCGCGCAGCAGGCCAAGACGCUCGCGGACGGCGAGCGGUGGAAAGAUGACGUCUGGCUGAGCCAGCUGGACUGGACGCCAAAGAUCGCAGGCAAGUCGAGGGGCAGAGUCAAGAAGGCCCCCGCGCCAAAGCCUCCUCCCGUCUUUUGGCCUCAGUGGUACUGGGAGUUGACCAGGCCAAAGAAAGAUUUACCGCCGGGCACGAUCGAUCUUUCGGUGCGGACUCGCAUCGCGCCGCUGUUACUACGGCUUUCCUGGCUCGGCUGGCCGCUCUUUCACUCCAGGGAGCAUGGCUGGACGUUCCGCGUGCCCCGCUCCGCCGACUUUCCGACGCGGGCGUCUGAGCUCGAUUUUUACCACCCAGAUGACGAGACUCUCAAGGAGAUGAGCGAGGGCGGCGGGUUUGUCUUUUAUAAGCUGCCGCACAAGGACGGCGAAAAGGCGAACGUCGGCAGCCCGCUCGGGAAGACGUUUAUGAAGUAUGCGCAGGACGGCACGCUCAAGAGUCCCGGCGACGAGGCCAAGGACGCGCUGGACAUGAACGCGCAGUGUAGCUACUGGAUCAGCGCGCGGGAUCGGGUCAUGAACCAGAUGGUCGUCUGGCAAGACCAGGAGCUGCAAAUGGGUAUUCAGGACGAUCGCGCGCCCGCUGCUGGAGAGGAGAGACCGAAGAAGUGGGGCAUGAUCUUGCCGCAGGUGGUCACUAUGGGCACUGUCACUCGCCGGGCUAUGGAAAAGACCUGGCUUACUGCGAGCAAUGCGAAGAAGAACCGCGUGGGCUCGGAGCUCAAGGCCAUGGUCCGCGCGCCCGAGGGCUAUUCCAUCGUCGGGGCCGACGUCGAUUCGGAGGAGCUUUGGAUCUCGAGCGUCAUGGGAGACGCGCAGUUCGGCCUUCACGGGGCCACCGCUAUUGGCUGGAUGACGCUCGAGGGUACGAAAGCCGCCGGGACGGAUCUGCAUUCCAAGACCGCGAGCAUCUUGGGGAUCUCACGCGAUCAGGCGAAAGUGUUCAAUUAUUCGCGGAUCUACGGGGCUGGCAUGCGGCACGCGGUGCUCCUUCUUAUGCAGGCGAAUGCGGGAAUGCUGCCGGAGCAGGCACAAGCCCUCGCGGAGCAGCUCUACGCCCAGACCAAAGGGAAGAAUACUCAUCGGCAAGAUCUCUUUGGUCGAAAGUUCUGGUACGGCGGCACCGAGAGUUUCGUGUUCAACAAGCUCGAAGAGAUCGCGCUGUCCGACUCACCCCGAACCCCCGCGCUAGGCUGCGGUAUCACGCACGCUCUCUCAAAAGAGUAUCUUCCUCCUGGCUUCGGCACCGACUACAUGACGUCGAGAAUCAAUUGGGUCGUCCAGUCAUCUGGCGUGGACUACCUCCACCUUCUCAUUGUCUCGAUGGCCCAUCUGAUCGACAAGUACAAGAUAAACGCUCGUUAUCUGAUCUCGGUCCACGACGAGCUACGUUAUCUAGUCGCCGAUGAAGACAAGUACCGGGCAGCUCUCGCGUUGCAGAUUGCGAAUCUCUGGACUCGGUGUCUGUUCGCGUAUCGGCUUGGAAUGGGCGAUCUCCCUCAAGGCGUCGGGUUCUUUUCUUCUGUCGACGUCGAUAAAGUCUUGCGCAAGGAGGUAGACAUGCCUUGCGUUACGCCCUCUCAACCGCACCCCAUCCCCCCUGGGGAGAGCUUGAACAUCCAGGCCUUGAUCGAGAAGAUGGACGGCGCGUCUCUUUGGAAAGAUGGCCGUCCCAUGACUGUCGACAGCGAUGCCCCGCCGGCAGACUUGUUGGAUGGGUACCAAGAGCCCGACUGCUUGGUCCACAGAGCCUCGAGCGCUGCCUGGCUGCGCGCCCAAGCUACGACCGAACUCUCGGAGAUUAAGCUCCUCUCACGCGCGCACAAGCAACUAUCAACCGGCGGGCAGCCCGCUGCAAAAGGCAACACCCGACGUCGAAAGAAGAAGGCCGUCGCCGACGACGCUAAUGUGGAUUGGUCGAAUGUCGUGGAGGAAGCCAUUGGCGCACAGACACCGAGUUAA